AUGGAUAUGAUGGGCUCGCUGCGGAAACGUAAGCCGACUGACGAAGGCAUGUGAUUCUUUUGAGUUGGUUAAUCCGAUCCGUCACACUUUUUAGAGGCACGUGAGACUCUUCAAAAGUUUCUGAUAGCAAAAAAGCGGGCGAAGAUGGAAAAGAUCGCAAGGGCGCAUAGCAACAUGAACAAGCACAAUCUGUCCCAUUCGAGAAUGGGACCUCUUCACUUGGACAUGCCAGAUAUUCACCUGAACCCGAGUGAAAUGAAUAUGAGAAUGCAAUCGUACAGUCAAAUGCACCAGUACCGGCAGAACCAACAAGAAGAGGAGUCCCCGCAGUCCCAGCAGCCCGAGCAGGAAUCGCCUUAUCGCAACUUGUAUCUCCUUCAGAACGUGUUGGACGAGGAGAAUGAACCCAGAAAACUGUUCACAUUGUAUGACAUAAAAGACGAUGAGAAAACGAAGAGCGCAUUGGAUGUGAGUGUGACAAGUGACGAAUGGGUUUCUAUAAGGCACCAUGCAAUUUAGGCGCGCCAUCGCCUACGAUACACCAACAUUCACGCGCUGAUUCGUCCGGAAGAAAAGGUUUUCAAAACGGAAAAUGUUUGUAAAAGUAAAGGGCCAUUUCUUGCAGUUGUUCUUGAUCACCGCUUGUGAUCAUUUCCAGGCCGAUUAUGACGAGCUCAUAGAAUAUGUGGUAGCAAUCGGUCAAAUGGUAAAAUAGCACUUCAAUGCCUUUUGUUUAUUGUCAUAUUCUAGCGUAAUAAGCAAAUAAUUGUCGAGCACCACUAUUACAAAGUGUUUAUGCACACUUUGAAAAUGUUCUACUACACUGAAAAGGGAUGGCGAUUCAAUGUUGACUUUGACGAGUUCUUCAGCGGAUUCCUUCGCAAGUUCAGAGACCCGAUCGUCAAUAAAAUGAGAGAUACGUACAACAAAGGUGCAAUUAUAUAAUUACACAAUUCUAGUCCGACAUUCAAUUUUUCAGUCAAAACCGCCCAUGAUGCUGCCAAGAAAGUCAAUGUUUCUAUUGAAAUUGGUACGGCUCCGCAGUGAUUUUUUUCAGAAUAUUGAUUUCCUACUGUUUCUUAUUUUAGAGAACUCCAUCGCUAGCAUUUUCCAUUUUUUUGCUUUUCAUUUCACAUAA